CAGCUCGAGGGAAAGGGCGGGCCCGGGAGCGGGCCGUUACGAAACCUUCGGGAACAGACCGCCACUCCUCGCAGGGGAGGGACCAAGGGCUGGGGCCUCGUUCUCUAGAAGUCGCAGCACUGAAUCCCAGAACUCAGGGCUCUGUGGCUGCUCUGUGUCCGCGCCUCUGCAGCGCGCUCCCCGGUGGCCCACAGCCCGGUCCGCUCUCCAAGUGCCUCCCCGGGCCAUGUCGUCCUGCAGCCGCGUGGCGCUGGUGACCGGGGCCAACAAGGGCAUCGGCUUCGCGAUCGCGCGUGACCUGUGCCGGCAGUUCUCGGGGGACGUGGUGCUCACGGCGCGGGACGAGGCGCGGGGUCGCGCGGCGGUGCAGCAGCUCCAGGCCGAGGGCCUGAGUCCCCGCUUCCACCUGCUGGACAUCGACGACCUGCAGAGCAUCCGCGUCCUGCGCGACUUCCUGCGCAAGGAGUACGGGGGCCUCAACGUGUUGGUCAACAACGCGGGCAUUGCUUUCAAGACGGACGAUCCAACGCCCUUCUACAUCCAAGCUGAGAUAACGCUGAAGACAAACUUUUUUGCCACAAGAAAUGUCUGCAUCGAAUUACUGCCGAUAAUAAAACCUCAUGGCAGGGUGGUGAAUGUUAGUAGUUUAGAGGGCUCAAAAGCUCUCGAAAAUUGCAGCACAGAUCUACAGAAGAAGUUCCGGUGUGAGACGCUCACGGAGGAGGACCUGGUGGACCUCAUGAAGAAGUUUGUGGAGGACACAAACAAUGAAGUGCAUGAGAGGGAAGGCUGGCCCAACUCGGCUUAUGGGGUGUCCAAGCUGGGGGUCACGGUCUUAUCGAGAAUCUUGGCCCGGCGUCUGGAUGAGAAGAGAAAAGGUGACAGGAUUCUGCUGAAUGCAUGCUGCCCGGGGUGGGUGAAGACGGACAUGGGAGGGGCUCAUGGCCCCAGGACGGUGGAGGAGGGAGCCGACACCCCUGUCUACUUGGCCCUGUUGCCCCCAGAUGCUACCGAGCCUCAUGGCCAGCUAGUCCAUGACAGAGUCGUCCAAAACUGGUGAAGGUCUGCUUUGGUGCUUAAUAAAUGUGGAAUGAAUGAAUGAA